AACUACGAAGCCAAAGCGUACAAAGCUCGGUUCACGAAGGAGGCUGAGAACUUUGCAAAGUACCCGAGCCAACCUUUUGGACCAUCUCACAACUGGGUAUCUGACAAUGCAGCAGAUGUGUACAUGAUCUUAGUCUUUCGCGAUUACUGGAGUAUUCACUGCCUUGAAAUACAUGUGUUUGUUGUGUUAGCGUGGAUUUCAUAUGGAUUUGCAUGGGGUCUCGUGGGCUCCUCAAGCUCCCAGAGUUGCUAA